ACAACCUGGCAGUUACCCGGGAGCCUUCCCAAGGAGCUGGAGAAAUGAGCCCUUCUGGGCGGAGGAUGGGCGAAGGGCGUCAGCAGCUCGGGGCUCCGGCCGGGAAGCGCCUCCUGCUCCCCGGGAGCAGAGGGUCACCCAGCGGGCUGCCGGGCGGCGGCGGCGCCAGGGCGCAGCGCUUCCUGCUCGGGCUCUUCGUGCACGCGUGGCUGUGGGCGGCCUCGGGCUCGUCUGCCCAGGUGUUCAACCUCAGCCUUUCCGUGGACGAGGGCCUUCCUCCAGACACUUUAGUCGGCGACAUCUGCGCGGGGCUGCCGGCCACGCAGCAGCAGCAGGAGGGGGGCGGCUUCUUUCUGUCUGAGGAUUCGGAUGACUCCCCGUUGCUGGACGACUUCCACGUGCAUCCGGACACAGGCAUCAUCCGCACGGCGCGGCGCCUGGACCGAGAGCGGCGGGACCACUACAGCUUCGUGGCCGCCACGCUGCUGGGCGCGAUGGUGCAGGUGGAGAUCCGCGUCAACGACGUGAACGACCACUCGCCCCGCUUUCCCCGCGACUCCCUGCAACUCGACGUCUCCGAGCUCAGCCCGCCAGGUACAGCCUUCCGCCUGCCAGGCGCCCAAGACCCAGACGCUGGGCUGUUCAGCAUACAGGGCUACACCCUGGUGCAACCGUCCGACCUUUCUGAGGACCCCGCAGGACCAUUCUUCCAGUUGCGCUACGGGGCUCCGGUGUCACCAAAGUCGCCGCCGUCCUCGUCGCCCCUUGAGCCCCUAGACCUGGUUCUGCUGCGGCGCUUGGACCGAGAGGCGGUGGUAGCACACGAGCUGCAGAUCGAGGCGUGGGACGGCGGUCGCCCGCGGCGCACGGGCAGCCUGCGGGUGGACCUGCGCGUGCUGGAUGAGAACGACAACCCACCCGUAUUUGAGCAGAGCGAGUACCGUGCCACCGUGCGCGAGGACGCACUGCCAGGCGCCGAGGUCUGUCGUGUGCGCGCCACCGACCGUGACCUGGGGCCCAAUGGCCACGUGCGCUACAGAAUCCGCUCUCGGCAGGCGCCCGGGACGGGUGGCAGUGGCGGGACACUGGGCGACGCGGCCUAUUUCGCGGUGGAGGAGAUGAGCGGGGUGGUGCGGGUGCAGAGGCCGCUGGACUGCGAGGCUCAAGCCUGGCACCAGCUGGUGGUGGAGGCCCGCGACGGAGGUGCUGAGCCCGAGGUUGCCACCGUGCGCGUGUCCAUCGCGGUGCUGGACGUGAAUGACAACUGGCCCGCCAUUCAUCUACUCUUCCUUACCGAAGGAGGCGCCGCGCGCGUCUCUGAGGGCGCUCGAGUUGGCGACUAUGUGGCUCGGGUCUCCGUGUCCGACGCGGACGGUGACCCAGAGAAGGCAGAGGAGGCCGUCGGGGAACUCGGUAUGGGCCUCGGGGGCGGGAGCAUCUCGCUGGCCUUGGAGGGCGGUGAGGGAGCCUUUGCGCUGCGGUCCGGAGGCUCCUCAGGGGUAUUCUUUCUUUGCGUCGAGGGGCCCCUAGACAGGGAGAGCAGAGACCUGUAUGAUUUGCGACUGGUGGCCACGGAUGCGGGAACCCCGCCGCUGAGCACGGAGGAGACGCUGCUGCUCCGGAUCGCUGACCUCAAUGACCAGCCGCCUCUCUUCAGCCAGGAGCAUUACCGGGCCUCAGUGUCCGAGGCCGCGGCCCCCGGCACCGCGGUAGUGUGCGUCAGCGCCUCCGAUGAGGAUGAGCCCGGCACAGACCACGCCCGGCUGCGCUACGCGCUGGUCCCUCUCCCAGCGCGCUGCAACCCGGAGGCUCUGAGGGCCACCGCUGAGUGUGGACCAUCCUUCAGCAUCGAUCCUGAAAUUGGUGUGAUUAGCACCACCCGGAGUCUGGACCGAGAAGUCCAGGAGGCCGUAGAGCUGAGAGUGGUGGCCCAAGACCUCGGAGAGCCCCCGCUCUCUGCCACCUGCCUUGUGAGCAUCACUGUGGGCGACGUGAAUGACAACGAGCCCAUCUUCCUGAAGCAGGUGUACAACGCCACCCUUCUGGAGCAUGCCCCAGUCGGACACUGCUUUCUGCAGGUGAGUGCAUCAGGCCUAUCGGGAGGCCUGGGAAGGGAUGGAGAGGUUGUGAGUAAGUACAAGGAAGGAGAAUUGUGA